CUGGGCGGCCUGUUUCCAAUCCACUUCCCCUCCGGCGAUUCGUCGUCGGCUUCUCCGUGCGGACCGGUGUGGCCGCAGGCACUAGAGUGGGUCGAGGCGAUGCUGUACGCAAUAGACAGAAUAAACGCAGAUCCGGACCUGCUACCUGGUGUCGAGCUUGGCUACGAUAUUCGAGACACGUGUCUCAGCGAGACUCUGGGACUCGACGAGGCCAUCGAUCUAAUCAUCACGGCAGUAAUCUGA